UUCUCUACUAUAAAAGCUCGAGCUUUCGCUUAUUUACAACAUUCGUUGACCAACUACCGUCCAAGUUUCAUCGUUCCUUGCAUUUCAAUCCGCAAAUCAAAAACCAUCAAAAUGGUGUCUGCACGUGUUGUCUUUGCCAUCGUCGCUGUCUUCUUCGUCCUCGCUCUCAGCGUCGACGCAGCCUACAGGAAGCCUCCCUUCAAUGGAAGCAUUUUUGGCAAACGCUCUGGCACUAACACUGAUUACGAACUCGCCAUCCGGGCUAUAUCAUCGAUGUGCGAAACCGCCUGCGAAACAUGCAACAUCUGGCUGUCGCGACAGGACUCCAACUAAACUGUCCGGGAUUUAAGUGCAUGCAUCAACCGCUAAUAAUCACCGCUUUGUUACUUAUUAAUGUGAAAUAGCUGAUUGAGCUAUGCUGUCUUCGAUUUAUAAAUUCUUCGCGCUUUGCAAUUCGUCGCAUCGUCCAAAAUCACUCGUCCGGUAUAAUCAUAUGACUUCGAUCUCAAAUUAACGAAUACGAUUCUGUAAAUGUUCUUGACUUAAUAAAGUAUGAUGUUUCUUAACAUUA